GUGUACCGCACCUACGAGUGUUACAAAGCCUUCGCCUUCGCCUACCAGCGUCGUUUGACCCAGUCAACCCCAAAACAACCCCUUUACGUCAAAAUGUUCAAGCUGUUCGUUGCCGCUUGCGUCCUGGCCGUCGCUGCCGCCGCCCCAGGAGUCGUUGUGGCCCCGGUCCACUCGGUCCACUCGGUCCCGGUUGUCCACGCCGCCCCGGUUGCCGUGAGCCACUCGUCGUCGCACGUCGUGCACCACGCGCCGGUCGUCAAGACCGUGGCCGUCCACUCGGCCCCGGUUGUGGCCCUCCACCACGCGCCCGUCGUUAAGGCCCUCCCGGUCGUCCACCACGCCCCGCUGGUCCACCACGCUCCGCUGGUCCACCACACGCCGGUCGUCAAGACCGUCGUCCACUCGGCCCCGGUCGUCCACUCCGUGCACGCGUCCCCGCUCGUCCACUCCGUGCACGCCAGCCCGGUCGUCCUCCACCACCACUAAGCACCGCGCCCGCUACUUCCUCCGCAACACACCGGCGUAACUUUUUCUCCAACAAGUCACUACACAACCACUGCCACUACUUUCACCGAUACUACUACUACUACCCCCUGCGAACACACACCCAACCAGCACACACAAUUCACGCAUCGCAGCAUCGCGGCCAUGUAAAUAUAGUUCAGCAGCAGAGAGACCAAUCCUGUGGACCUGUGGACCAAUCA